AUGGGACAUGCUUGCGGCCACAAUCUUAUAGCUACUGGUGCAAUUGCUGCAGCAAUCGCUUCAUCUGAGGCAAUGAGAAAAUUCAACUUUGCAGGAACAAUUAAACUCUUCGGCACACCAGCUGAAGAAGGUGGUGAUGGUAAAGGGAAAAUGUUAAAAGCAGGUGCAUAUAACGACGUUGACGUUUCUUUAAUGCAUCAUGGCAAUUCUGAAAGUCCGGGACAGGCCUUUGUACGUACUGCAGCAUCAUUUAGAUUUAAUAUAGAGUAUUUCGGAAAGAGUGCUCACGCUGGUGCAUGCCCAUGGCAGGGAGUUAAUGCUUUAGACGCAGCAUCUAUUUUUAUGCACUCUUCUUCUUUAUUAAGACAACAAUUUGAAGCAACUGAUAGAAUUCAUUUUGUUGUGACUGAUGGUGGCGCUGCUGCAAAUAUUAUUCCAGACUAUACCAGGAUUAAAGGUAUCAUUAGAGCAAUCAAUAGAGGUAAAAUGGCCGAACUCAAAGAAAAACUUGUUGGUUGUAUUAAAGCUGGUGCUUUAGGAUCAGGAUGUGCAUAUAAAAUAAACUAUGAGAAUGAGUAUAACGAUAUGGUUUCAAAUAUACCUUUAACAGACUCUUUUCGGGAAUUUUUUAAUGGAUUUUGCGACAACGAUAAUGAACCCAAAUUGAAAGACUUAGAUCACGAAAGAAUCCUUGUAAGCUCAGCUUCAACCGAUCAAGGGAAUGUGUCAUGGGAAAUUCCAUCUCUCCAUUCUUUUUUUUGCAUCAAGGCAGAUAAGGAACCUCACACUAUUGAAUUCUGUGAAGCAGCAGGUAAGAAAUCGUCCCAUGAUUCUUGUCUAAAGUCAGCUAAAUGUAUGUCUUUGACUGGAUUAAAAGUUUUGUAUGAUGAAGAAUUUUAUACAAAAAUUUAUUCGUCUUGGAAAGCAGAUGUCGAGAGUUUGAAACCUAAAAGUGUAGAUUUAAAUGCUUUAGAUAAUGAAUUCACAUAUAGUUAA